CACACCCAUGGAAUCUGCCCAAUACACCCAAUGCGAGACCUCUGAGGAAUUUGAGAUGGCUGACACCAAGUACCAAUGGAGACCCUGGGAAGCUGGGUGGUGGGCGAAGCAGCUUCCUGGAGGCCGUCCUGCCCUUCCCCUUUACCUGUUAUUUUCCGUGACCUCUUUUCUAUGGAUAAUUCUCCUUAGUAUGCUGUUGGCCAAGGUCAUGCAUUUAUCAAGGGAGGUGGAGCAUCUGGACGAGCAACUGGCAGGAAUACAAGUCAAUGAGUCAAUGAAUUCAGGGAGGCUGGCAGAUCUUCAUGUAGCCUUGAGCACCUUGGACAAUGAGCAACAGACUCUAAAAACAAAGGCUAAAACAACAUCUGAAGAGUUGAGGAACCUGCAAGAGACUCAAGCCAGUCUGAGUACCAACUUGUCUCAGGAACUAGCUGAGGCAAGAGAAGACCGAGAGAACAUUCGGAGUGAGAUGUUUCAUGGACUGGAGACUGUGAGCCAUGGAAAUGGAUCCUUCUGCAAACCCUGCCCUAGUCCCUGGAGAUACUUCCAGGGUUCCUGUUACUUCUUCUCUAAGAUCAAGCUCACUUGGUCCCGGGCCAGGGAUGACUGUGUCCAGAAGCAAGCUCACCUAGUGAUCAUCAAUAACCAAUAUGAGCAGAACUUCCUGACCCCUACUGAGAAGCUGGGAUACUGGAUUGGCCUCAGAAAAGUCAAAGAAGGGGUUCAUAAGUGGAUUGAUGACACAAAGCUUGGCUACACCAACUGGAACCCUGGGGAACCCAACGACAGCCGGGGGAAGGAGAACUGUGUCAUGAUGUUGCACCAUGGCAAAUGGAAUGACUAUACAUGUGAGCUAACCUCUGACAACUGGAUCUGUGAGAAGAGGCAGAUCUGUUGAGCUUCAGCAGUGGAAGGGGCUGGGAGGUGGCUUGCUGAAUGAGCUCUCUCCAGCCACAAAUCAGUCUUCAUGGAACAUCUGGUGCCUAGAUAAGAGGCCUGAUUGGACAUUGCCUUUUCAAACUUGUACUCUCUGGACCAUGGAUCCCUACAAUUGAGCAGGGUUAUGGGAUUAACAUGUACAUAUGGGAGACAAAUAAAAUAUUUUUGUGCUUUGCCUCUUCUAUA